AUGCUUGUAACUAAACCCCCAAAUGUCCCUACAUCUGUCCCCACAACUGCUACUGUCACUACAUCCACAGCUGUGGUGUGUGGCAGUGCCAAGCUGAAUAGCAUUACAGGAGGGGGCAACUCCUUAGCAUCUGCAGGUGUGUGGCCAUGGAUGGCCAGUCUGCAACGUAAUGGUAUUCAUGUCUGUGGAGGAACACUGGUAGCUGAGCAGUUUGUCUUGAGCUCCGGUGACUGCUUCUCUAGCUCUACCAGUGCUUCUGACUGGACAGUAAUUCUGGGACGGCUCAAACAGAACGGCCCCAACGCCAACGAGGUCUCUAUUAGUGUGACCAAAAUCUCAAUCAGCAGUGACAUAGUCAACAACGCAGCAGUACUGCUGUUGUCUCGCAAGCCAACGCUUUCAGACCACAUUCAGCCCAUAUGUGUGGACCUGGGGGACAACAGCUUCACUGUCAACACUCAAUGCUGGGCAUCUGGCUGGGGAUCAGGAGGAGGAGGUACGUUUCAAACUCUUCAGCAGUUCAACACUACUAUACUGGACUGUGGGAGCGCAUCCUCAUCUAACAGAAGCAUCUGCACAGGAGUCAUGCCCUUAGAACAGACUAAUAUUGGAGGUCCUCUGAUGUGUAAGGUUGGCCAAUCAUGGGUCCAGCCUGCAGUUUUGACUCUAGUUCCCAAGCUGUCUCGUGCCUCAGACGUCCAGGUCUUCAUUAAAAUCUCAAGUGUCGCAGAAUUCCUGCGGGAGAUGGUGGGCACCUUCCCUCCCAAAGCCAACACCACAUCUACCAACACCACCACCGUCAAGCCUGUCAGCUCCACUUUGCCAGCCAAUGGCUUUUCAGAAAACCCUCUGACCGUGGUGCUCUAUGCCAGAGGUUGCCAAUGGCGACAGAGGCUUGAGCCAGGCAGCUGUCAGGGGGCCUCCAGAGCCCGGUGGUCACAUGGCCCCUCUCAGACCAACCCCCCUCUUCCUGUCCCGUCCUCACUCCCCCCUCAGACGCCAUAG